UCUCCUUUAGCAGGAAUUUGUACCAGACUGCCACAAACGGUUGGACAGCGAGAGACAGAGAGUUACUGAAAGUAACUUUGACCUACAGUACAUAACAGAACUUUCGAAGAGACUUCACAGGAUGAGACAGAAAUUUCUAAGGUGCGUCAAUUUGACGGGAAACUUGCAAAGAGACUGCAUGAUGGAAGCCCUCCGUGAUUGUCCGUAUGGACUGAAGAGCAUGCUGGAGUGCAUUUCCAGAGCUGUAGGGCUCUCACAACCAGCCGAUGUCACUGGCUUUAUAGCACAGUAUUUGUCGGAGAUGGACGCUUUCAGAGAAUCUCACCCUGAAGCUGAUCCUAAGAUUCUGAUCUUCAACUACCAAGAGAUGUGGGAGAAAAGCUUCCUGAGAAUGAACGUGAUCACGACAGAGACCUCACCAAAGGUUCCAUCAGAGGCUGAUCCUGCUGAUCCUGCUGAUCCUGCUGAUCCUGCUGAUCCUGCUGAUCCUGCUGAUCCUGAUGGGCCCAGUACAGUAGCGAAGCGGGUUAUCCCACCUAUUUCACAGAGGAAACCAGAGGAAGUCCGCUCCUGGCUACCUGUGCGGUAAAUCCAUAUCAGCCCAGUACAGUAGCGAAGCGGGUUAUCCCACCUAUUUCACAGAGGAAAACCAAUGGAAGUCCGCUCCUGGCUGAUCCUGCUGAUCCUGCUGAUCCUGCUGAUCCUGCUGAUCCUGCUGAUCCUGAUGGGCCCAGUACAGUAGCGAAGCGGGUUAUCCCACCUAUUUCACAGAGGAAAACCAGAGGAAGUCCGCUCCUGGCUACCUGUGCGGUAAAUCCAUAUCAGCCCGGUACAGUAGCGAAGCGGGUUAUCCCACCUAUUUCACAGAGGAAAACCAGAGGAAGUCCGCUCCUGGCUACCUGUGCGGUAAAUCCAUAUCAGCCCGGUACAGUAGCGAAGCGGGUUAUCCCACCUAUUUCACAGAGGAAAACCAGAGGAAGUCCGCUCCUGGCUACCUGUGCGGUAAAUCCAUAUCAGCCCAGUACAGUAGCGAAGCGGGCUAUCCCACCUAUUUCACAGAGGAAAACCAGAGGAAGUCCGCUCCUGGCUACCUCUGAGGUAAAUCCAUAUCGGCCUACCUCAAAGGUUAGUUCAAAGCGGCCUACCUCAAAGGCUAGUUCAAGGCGGCCUACCUCUGCUACAGAGGAGAGGAAGCAGGAGCUGGAGAGGAACUGGAUUCAGCCCAGUUUAAUUCCUUAUAUGAGGGCGGACGACAGGAGUCGGUCGAUGAGCGAAGUUAAAGGCACUCGACCAGCUCCUGUAGCGGUGGGCAAAAACAAUUUGAAUGUUUGCUGCCACACUUGCCCUCCAUCAGCACAUGUCAAACAUACCAUGAGGUACAGACGUGUGGUGGUGAGACAGGUGGAGGACCUGUAGUUGUCCAGUUUGUCAUAUUGC